GACAUGGACGACAAGGAGAACACUCAUGUGAUGGACACCACUCUCGACCAACAGCUGAGGAAAGCCGUCAAAUGUGUGGUGACCACCGAUGACCACAUCCACUCAUCCGAUACUCAAACCCCAAACCCUUUAUAUAACUAUGGGUUGAAUGAGAAGAAGUUAGUGACCAAUGAGUCCACCGCUGACACCAAUUGUCACAUAAUCCACAACAAAGUGACCAAAACUAAUGGCAAAGAAGUGCCGUUCAGGUUUGGAUCUCUAUUUGAUUACUUAAGAAGUGAAUUGCGGAGGAAUUAUGUCCUCGAAAACGAUGAACAGAGAUAUACUGAGAGGAGAGAGAAGUUUUAUAUCUUCCUAAGGAUUCCCUUGCAGUUGGAAAAAUUCUUGUGCUACGGUUUCUUUCAAUGUGUGGACGCCUUCCUCUUUGUCUUCACUUUACUGCCCAUCCGUUUCGUACUUUCCCUUUGGUUUCUAAUCAGCCGGUCGUUCAGCAAAUGGUUUUGGUAUUCAAUUGAUUGUCUUAAAUGUGUUUCCAAUGACUCAAUGCAUGCCAUGUCUCACAGUCUUAUCAGUGGCCAGUCGUGGCAAAUGUCGGGCUCAUUGAAGCCGUUGGAAGGACUGGAACCGUCAGAAAUCUGUGAUCUCAUGAAAGGUGUUAUAGUAUUGAGCGCUGUAUUCCUCAUGAGUUAUAUCGACACUUCCAUGUUAUACCAUAUCAUCAAAAGCCAGUCUGUGAUCAAACUCUAUAUAUUCUUCAACAUGUUGGAGGUGGCCGACAAACUGUUGUCCUCCUUUGGUCAGGACAUCUUAGACGCCCUGUUCUGGACGGCCAACGAGCCCAGGGGUAAGAAGAGGGAACAUUUGGGAGUCAUUCCACACUUGGCUAUGGCUAUCGCUUACGUGUUCACGCACAGCCUACUAGUGCUCUUACAGGCAACCACUUUGAAUGUGGCCAUCAAUUCAAAGAACAAAGCAUUGCUGACUGUCAUGAUGUCUAAUAAUUUUGUAGAACUCAAAGGAAUGGUAUUCAAGAAGUUUGAGAAAACAAAUCUGUUUCAGAUGUCUUGUAGUGAUGUUAGGGAACGCUUUCAUUACAUAAUUCUCUUGAUUGUUGUUAUCAUUCAAACGAUGAAAGAAUACAAUUGGAGUGAAAAACAAUUUUGGAUUUUAUUUCCCGAUUGUUUGCUUGUAUUCAUCGCUGAAAUAUUUGUCGAUUGGUUUAAACACGCAUUCGUUACGCGUUUUAAUGAGAUUUCAUUUGAAGUCUAUGAGGAAUAUGCUGUUAGUCUGGCCUAUGAUUUAGCCUCAAGUAAACUCAGGAGUGCUUUUUCGGAUCACUCGGAUUUAGUAUCUCGAAGAAUGGGUUUCAUUCCUCUACCUCUUGGAGUUCUAGUGAUCAGAAUAUUGAGCGGAUCUUUCAAUUUGAACUGUUGGUAUGGAUUGGUUUGUCUGCUCGUAUCAUAUCUUUGUUUGAUGAGCUUUAAACUGGUGAUCAAUAUUGUUCUGUUAGGACAGGCCUGUGAUCUCAUAGACGCUCACAGACAGACACUCGAGACUAAAGUGGGCGCUCUUUCGAGACAGUAUACUAGUCUACCGGCCAGUCGUCAUAACAGCUGUGAAGAUAUACCAUCAGCCGUCUCUAUGCACGCAAAGAGCACUCCACACACUCCCAGUCCCAGCACUCGGUCCAGUUUGGCUGACAUUACGGCACAGGCAGCCAUUAUGCAGGAGACACUCGAGUCGUCAAUGAUAUUCUCAGACAGCACUGUCAGCCUUAACAGUCUCGACAUUAAUGAUGGAGUGGCUGUUAAACUAGCCGUUCAUACGGAUAAUGACGUUCAGAAUUUGAGCCAAAAGUCUAUUUUAAGGCACAGACAUCACGACAAUCGAUUCAAACGACGGGUUUCUCUUCAAGAAGUCUCUUCUGAUUCGUCAAUAAUUCCUUUUUUAGAUUUAUCUCUCAAUGAAAAUCAA